AUGGUUCGUUCUGCGCUGGCUCCACGUGGCGGCCGAACCCGCAGUGCGUGUGAUUUAUGCCGGCAUAAAAAGAUCCGCUGCGAUGGAGUCAAGCCGGCCUGUGAAACGUGCCGUUGCGCAGGCGUUUUCUGCACUUUCACUACCCCUGAACCUCAGCCACACAAAAGUGUCCGAGAACAACUAUCCGACAGCAAAGCGCGAGUGCGCCAGCUGGAAGAAGCCCUCGUUGCACAAGGAUACCAUCUCCCAGACCUUCAGGCGUUUUAUUCCCCUGCCCCUCCGUUGCUGCGAAAUACAAGUGAAUUCGAUGCUGCGAUAGAGGCAUUUCAAUGGCAUAUUGCCUUCUGUGGACCUGGUGUCGCUAAUACCGCUGAAAGACAAUCAUUCUACUCAAACAUCUACCAGCACACCGGAUCCGUUUUCAAUAUCGAUGACUUUUGCCACCAGGUUACUCGGUCGUUUAAAUGGCGUUAUCCUAACCAACCGAAGACCGGGAGUAAGCCAAAAUGGCCAACGACCUAUCUGGUUCAGCAGUGUAUAGAGUACUAUUCGCGAAAUGGGCUUUAUUCUAUCUUUCCCAUUGUCGAUACUGAGGCACUGCAGAGUCUGCUCAAUGCCGGUACUCUUAACCAGUCACAGCAGACGGGUCGUGCUUCAAAUCGAGCAUGUCUGGUUGCCUUUACGGCCAUGAUUAGCCGGAUCCAUCGUCAUGACCCUGUGUUUGCUGGCACUGAUUCAGAUGGGUAUAUGCAGGCUGUGCUAACCCUGUUGCCGAACUUGUUGAUGGAGGAUCCUGAUAUCAGAACGCUGGAAAGUAUACUGAUUCUGGCCUUGUAUCUCGCACCCAUGGGUCAGCCACAAUCAGCGGAACUGCUACUCGCCGUGGCAAUCCGUGUACUUCUUAAUCUCGGAGGUCAAAGACCCAUCGAACUCAUAGAAGGCACCCCCAGAGACAGAGAGCAUCUGCGGAAUCUCUUCUGGGCCUGCUACGGCCCCGAUAAAGAAAUGUCGAUUCGAAAACGUCAACAGCCUAUGCUACAAGAUGAAGAUUGCGACUUGGAAUUGCCUGCGAAAUACGUUCUACAAUCAUCAGAUCAUCAGUUCCUGCAAAAAAAACUUUCCGCUGAUCGGCUCCUCUAUCCGUCAGAUUUGCGUCUUGCGAUGCUCAAAUCCAAAAUUCACCGGUUCCUAUACUCAGAUCAUGCUCGAGUUCAGUCUGACGCUAGAAGACUGCAAUAUAUCCGUGAACUCGACCAGGAGUUGAGUGACCUGAAAGCAAGCUUCCCACCGCGUUUCCAACCAGAUGCGUAUUUUGCCACAGAGACUACGCCGGACUACUCCUUCCACGAUCUCAGUAUGCGUGGAGUCGGUAUGCAUCUGGAUUACUACUUUUGUCUAGGCAAGAUCCACGAAGCAAGUAGUAAUACGAGUAUGCCAUCGCCUACGAGCUGGUCGUUACUUCCAUCGAGCAUGGAGUUGUACUACCAGGCAGCGCGAUCUACUCUGUUCUAUAUGAAUCGAGUAUGUCACUUUGUCAACCCAGAUACAUUCUGGUAA